CAAUUGAGAACAUUGAAUGGACAGAGUGGGCAAAUCGAGCUAUUGGGGAAACAGGUUACUGCGUCUACUCCAUACCACUACUUCUUACGCCAUGUCGAAGUCGUGGGUUGCUUGUUCUCAUUCUCUUCGCGACUGUUCUUCCUUUCCGCCUCUUGUCAAGUGAUUGCGACGGACCCAGUAGAAUCGGGGUUCCCCACUUCCCCGCCUCAUCCGGCUUGCGUUCCGAUCCCAACCAUUGCGCCUCGACCAGGAUCGCUGUCGUCGUAUUGCCGUACAAUCGUGACGCUCCAUCUUGUGAAACUUUCGGUUCGGAGGGAAGAGAUCAAGUGAUCAUUGCAAAGAGUUGCGAGUCCCCGAGACAGGCUAAAUAUACCAAGAAGACCGUGCGCAAGUCCAACCACCCCCACAAACUCCAUACAUCGAUCGGUUCCACUCGCGAAACGGUUCGUCUCCAUACGCAGCUUAACGUCAUACUUAACCGGAGAUCGUCCAUCAGACCUUCCACAAAAUGCAAAGUAGGUCUCACACCCUCAUACGAUCUUAUAUAGUCCUGUGGAAAUU